AAAUUUCAAAUUUUCAUGCUCUAAUGGUAAAGCAGAUUGGCCUAAACUUCAGAAAAAGAUUCAGAGUGAAAUGGAGAAAGUUAUGGAAGGUGUACCGAGUGAAACCAUCUCAAUCACUCCAACUGGUGAAGAUGCAGAUGUUGUUGAUCAAGAAUCCUUAAAUAUGUCUCUUGAAAAUCUCUGGAAAUUGACGCUUCCUACUUCAUAUACCAUAAAAUUUUCAUUCAAGGUCAAAACAUCACAAGAACAAUUUUCCAACUAUAAAAACUUUAGUACAGUUGCAAAACGUUUCAACCUUGACUAUGAGAUGAUCAGUGAGAUUCCUCAAAUGAAUGUUAAUCCAAAAGAAAUUAAAGAUUGUAGUGCAGAUGAAAAAGAAGUAUUGGAAGAAUUAAUGACUGAACUCAGGAAACGACAAGAUAAUUUGGGUGUGCUCAGUGACAGCAAUGAAGCAACUCGAUCACAAGUUAUAUUUAGCAUAAUCCACAAUAACGUUUACCUUUGUCGAAGAAUACUUGGGAAAAGCGCAGAUGAACUUAAUGUUCGCUUUGAACAAUAUUCAGCUGGAACACAUGGUCGAGGUCCUUUGGAUUUACAGAUUUUCUACAAAGGAAAUGUUAUAUGUGUUACUGAAGCAAAGGCAUAUGAUUUGUCUGGAGGGGUAGCACAAAAUUUAGUUCAAUUGGAAGCUGUUACCUUGGAAAAUGCCAAACGCAAGCGUAAAGAUGAUACUGUUUAUGGAAUAGUCACUGAUGCUACACAUUGGCUUUUCAUUGCUUUCUCCGCAAAUUAUGACAUAAUUUCAACAAGCCAAAAUAUAUACCACAUAUCAUUUGACAAAAUAAGUACCUCCCAAGAAACUCUCAAAAAUGAAGUUUGUCAAGUAUUUACCAUCAUUAAUGAACUUUUAUGUGAACAAAUAACCUUGAAUGAUAAUUUGGAAGAUAAUAAUAUUGAUUCAAGG